AUGCACAAUGGUCACAAGCCAAAAGUCAGCCUCGGUUUCCACCUUGCCAGCAAGCCUGCCAAGGCCGCUUAUAUCAAGUGGCUCAAAGGCAGGCACCGUCGCACCAGCAUCCCAGGACGCUUUCACAUGGGUUUGCUUUGGCUGAUGCUGAACCAGGUGCACGACAACCCUGCCAUGCAGUUUUGGGGGCCGCCGCGGCGGCUCUGCUCCCGGCGGCAGCCUCCGAGGGAGCAGAGCUGCGCUGUCUGGGCAGCGGCCAGGGCUGGGACAGAGGCCUCCGGCGUUGCCUGCCAGCCCAAGGCCGAGCCCCGGGGCUCUGGAAAAGGGGAGACCCAAGAGGCAUUGUUGGCCGGCCAGGCCAGGCUCCUGGUGGGAAGCGCACCUCUCGUGCGCACCCUGGCACCGGGGGGACGGCAGGCACGGUGGGUGCGGGCAGGCAGGGCGGGCACAGGUACUGCUGAUGCGGCUUCGCAGACCUCUGCCAAAACAAAUCCCGUGUGUCUCCGCAGCUUCGCUGUCCUCGUGGGCGCAGCUCUCCUCCUGCAAGUCCCUGGGGGCACCCAGGCUCUGAGCAACACCAGGGAAAAGCAGCUGCCUGCCAGGCUGGCUUUGAUCAAGGAAAUCAUCCUGGGCAUAAAAGCUGUCGAGCCUCCAGAAGAGGGUGAGAUAACUGAAGAUGUGGAACCAGGGAUAAAGGUCUUCUCCAGCGAUGCCCAAGGCUGGAGAGGCCCCCUCGGAGCCCAGGCCAUGGAAGGGCCAGAAGAGGACCGCGACCACCUCCACCAUCCUGAAGACAAUGCUGUUGAAGAUGCAGCGCAUGUGCAGCGCCCAGCUCUGUUCCACAACGUGCAGAGUGGCCCAGAAGAAGACCGGGACCAUAUCUACCACAGCUGAGUGGAGGAGAUAUGACUGCCUGGGAUAAUAAAAGGGGGGUCUGAGCUGCCCCAGCUUCUCUCCGCAGCCCUGGGUUUCCUCAGGGAGAUCUCUCAUCUCCCUACCUAGCCUUCAAACCCCUUCGAUAAACUUCAGUCUCUGCUCCUCA